AUGAAAGGCGGGGGGGGGAAUGCUUUUCGAGAAAUCCAUCCUGUCUCCGAGGACACAGGGCUGCAGCAUGUGGUCAGUUCCUGUACUUCUGGUCAGUUCUUAAGAGCCAAAGAAAUAGUAUUUGAAUAUGACUUUGAUCUGUGUGGACCACAGCCAAAGAUUGUUCAUGUGGAGACCUACUGUUCUUCCCAAUUCCGUCCAGCAUUACGAGCGCUUCCGGACCAGGUCGGGCAGAGGUAUCCAGAAGAUGCAUCCGAUAUAAAGGACAUGUCCAAAUUCAAACCUCACAUUCUGCUGUCCCAAGAGAAUACACAGAUUAGAGACUUGCAGCAGGAAAACAGAGAGCUAUGGGUUUCCUUGGAGGAACACCAGGAUGCUUUGGAACUCAUCAUGAGCAAGUACCAGAAGAUGUUACAAUUAAUGGUUGCUAAAAAGGCCGUGGAUGCUGAACCAGUCCUGAAAGCUCAUCAGUCUCACCCUGCAGAAAUUGAGAGUCAGAUUGACAGAAUCUAUGAAAUGGGAGAAGUGAUGAGGAAAGCAGUUCAGGUGGAUGAUGACCAAUUUUGUAAAAUUCAGGAAAAACUAGCCCAAUUAGAGCUUGAAAAUAAGGAACUUCGAGAAUUAUUGUCCAUCAGCAGUGAGUCUCUUCAGGUCAGGAAGGAAAACUCAAUGGCCACUGCUUCCCAAGCCAUCAAAUAACUCAACUUCUG